CAUACACGCACACAUACACGCACACACCCGCUGAGCGUCUGUCUCCUCCUCUCCGUGCAUCAGCAGCACUUCGUGUUCAGCAGCAUCUUUCUGCGGAUCUGCACCCCGUACUUUCUGACUCUCCUCCUCCAAACAGUGGAACAAAUAGCAAAAUUGGGGGGAAAAAAAGAAGCAGACAUCAAAGCCGUGAGCUUCUUGUUUCGCGGUAGGAGCAUUUCAUACGUCUGAGGUGCUUGUUUUGUUUCUUUCCCCCCAACCCCCUCGUCCUCGGAGGGUUUUUGAGACCACUCCAGACACCAGACCGCCGGACUUCUCUCGUUGACUUCACAUUCUCACAAGGGGGAAAAAAUGGGGAAACAGAACAGCAAGCUGACCCCUGAAGUGAUGGAGGACCUGGUGAAGAACACGGAGUUCAACGAGCACGAGCUGAAGCAGUGGUACAAGGGAUUCCUGAAGGACUGCCCCACCGGCCGGCUAAACCUGGACGAGUUCCAGCAGCUCUACGUUAAGUUCUUCCCUUACGGCGACGCGUCCAAGUUCGCCCAGCACGCUUUCAGGACCUUCGAUAAGAACAGCGACGGCACCAUCGACUUCAGAGAGUUCAUCUGCGCGCUGUCCAUCACAUCGCGAGGCAGCUUCGAGCAGAAACUCAACUGGGCCUUCAACAUGUACGACCUGGACGGAGACGGCAAAAUCACUCGGGUGGAGAUGCUGGAGAUCAUCGAGGCGAUCUACAAGAUGGUCGGCACGGUGAUCAUGAUGAAAAUGAACGAAGACGGCCUGACGCCCGAGCAGAGGGUGGACAAGAUCUUCUCCAAGAUGGAUAAGAACAACGACGACCAGAUCACGCUGGAGGAGUUCAAAGAGGCGGCCAAGAGCGACCCGUCCAUCGUACUACUGCUGCAGUGCGACCUCCAGAAAUAGGCCGGGAUGCGGCGGAGAGAGCGCCCCCACCAGCCGCCACGGACUGCACAGAAAGAAUUUCAUGUUCCAUUCAGUUUGCAGCUAUUUCCACU